AUGCCACAUCAAUAAAAAUUAGAUUUAAAAGUCAGAUUUCAGACGAAAAAAAGUAGAUGCAAGAAAAUCUGCGUCUUAUGUGCGGAAUGCUUAGCUAAUCACAAUGCUAUAAUUGCUCCACGUUCUCUGUCUGAUCCUUUUCUUGUCUGUCUCACACCUAGAGAGCUCAAUCAUUCUGUUUUUUGAAAACACCUGUUUCAUUUCAUAGCUCUACCAUUUCUAUCUUUGAGCUUCUGACGGCUCGGAGUAGAUUGGCUUCUUUUGAUCUGUAAUCAUGGCAUCUGCUCCGUUGAGCAAGAUCGAGACGGCUCACCAGAUGUACAGAGACGGAAAUUACGAGGAAGCGCUAGGGUUUUACACAGAGGCGCUUUCUAUGGCCAAAACCAAACCCCAGAAGAUUGCUUUGCAUAGUAAUAGAGCUGCUUGUUAUUUGAAAUUGCACGAUUUCAAAAAGGCAGCUGAGGAAUGUACAUCGGUGCUUGAGCUUGAUCAAGAUCACGUCGGAGCAUUGAUGCUGCGGGCGCAAACACUCGUCACCCUCAAGGAGUACCACUCUGCUCUGUUUGAUGUGAACAGACUUAUGGAGUUGAAUCCGUCAUCAGAAGUUUAUCGAAAUCUUGAAGCUCGAUUGAGGACGCAAUUGUCUCUUGCUCCAAUACCUGAAUCUGAAGCUGAGUUGGAAGAAGAGGAAGAAAAGGAUGAAGCAGAAUUAUGUAAGGAGAAAGAUCAACAAAAUGGAGAAGAAGAUGCGACUAUUGAAAUAGUCAGAACUAUUCAAGAGACUGAGCCGUGUAGGUCUACUGUUAAUACUGAAGUUGUUGUGCCUAAAAUACCAAUCAUCAACAGGACUCCUGAAAUAAAUAGGGAGCAAAAGCUUGAGCCAAGAAAGACAAUUGCUGCUGAAGUUAUAGCUCAAGCACAGCGGAAAGUUGAGCCCAGAAAGACUCUUGCUGCUGAAGUUAUAGCUCAAGCACAGAGGAAAAAAGAAUCAUCCGAUCAGCAUUCCAAAGCAUGGCAAGCAAUCCCGAAACCAAAGGGGCACUCCACUUUGGAUUAUGCUCGCUGGGACAGAGUUGAAGAUGAUUCAAGUGAAGAGGACAAUGACGAUGAUGAUGAGGAAGAAUCGCAGCCUCAGUAUCGGUUCCGUGUAAGAACUGUUGGUGUCCGAUCAGUGAAAUGAGAUACACAGAGUACUGACAUAGAUGGCAGCAAUUUUCACUAUCAUACCACAGUGAGAAGUCAAGGUACUUGUGGCUUGGAAAAGUUUGGUUGGAAGAUCCCUGAUAAAUAUCAUGCCAAAAACUCUGGAAGUCCAGAAAACCAUCUUUGACACAUGUGAACUUUGGAACUGGUGAGCCAAUGAUCAUCUUGAUGAUUCUUGGAAAUUGGAGAGUAUGGCUCUCAAGUUUUGAAAACAGAACAAGCUUCAUUUGUCUCAACCUCAUUCUCUCUAUAUAUGGCUACCUUAUGUUUCUGUUUGGUGAAGAAGCAGACUACCAACAACUGUACAUUUAUAAGAUGGCUAAAAGCGGAGGCUCGGAGCUAUUGUCUUUCUGUGAUGUAAUUACGCUUUCUGUCUCUGUGAUGACGGAAUGUCUCAGGUGUUUCCUUGGUCGCCAAUGGUGGAGGCUGCAACCCUGCCUUAUAGGACACUAACUGGCUAAAGUAGCAAUUUGGAAGCUUAGAUAUUCUCUAACCCUUCAACUUCUCAAUUGAAUAAGGAUCAGGUGUUAGUUCUUAUAAUAUUGUAAUUAACAACCUGCUUGUGUAUUUAUUACAUUCUUGUACUUGAAAUCUGGAUUUUUUUUUAAAGGUAAAUCUAUAAAAUGUUGAAGUGCACCUUUCA